AUGAUGAAGGACCUGACCUCCGAGAUAGACAAGAGGAAACGAGCGGCUUGGGGAGCAUGCAAGAGAAUAGCGGAUGUGGUGAAGAGGACUAACAUUUGGCUCCGUGCUCACCUACUCAGUACCACAUUUCUUCCUGCUUUCACCUACUCGUCAGAAAAGGGAGUGUUUCGCAAGCAGGGGGAAAAUGCGUCAGCGUCAUUGAACGUGGAAUUGAAAGGGUAA